AUGGGAGGCAACCAGUCCUGGGUCUCAGAAUUCAUCCUAGUGGGCUUCCAGCUCGGUGUAACGAUGGAGCUCCUCCUCUGCUGCAUCUUCUCCCUGUUCUAUGUCUUCAGCCUCCUGGCAAAUGGUGUGAUCUUGGGACUCAUCCUUCUGGACCACAGACUGCACACCCCCAUGUACUUCUUCCUCUCACACCUGGCCGUUCUCGACAUGUCCUAUGCUUCCAACAAUGUCCCCAAGAUGCUGGUGAAUCUACUGAACCAGAAAAGGACCAUCUCCUUUGUCCCAUGCACAGUGCAGACAUUCUUAUAUUUGGCUUUUGCUGCUACUGAGUGCCUAAUUUUGGUGGCAAUGUCCUAUGAUCGGUAUGUGGCCAUCUGCUGCCCUCUCCAGUACACUGUCAUCAUGAGCUGGAGAGUGUGCACCAUCCUGGCUGUCACGUCCUGGGCAUGUGGGUUUAUUCUGUCCAUAGUACAUGUAAUUCUCCUUCUAAGGCUGCCCUUCUGUGGGCCCCAGGCUGUGAACCACCUCUUCUGUGAAAUCCUGUCUGUCCUCAAGCUGGCCUGUGCUGACACCUGGGUUAACCAAGUGGUCCUCUUUGCUGCCAGUGUUUUUGUCUUAGUUGCGCCCCUUUGCCUGAUGCUUGUCUCCUACACACACAUCCUCUGGGCCAUCCUCAAGAUCCAGUCAAAGGAGGGCCGCAGAAAGGCCUUCUCCACCUGCUCCUCCCACCUCUGCGUGGUUGGGCUCUUCUUUGGCAUAGCCAUGGUGGUUUAUAUGGUGCCUGAGUCGAAGCAACGAGAGGAACAGGAGAAAAUGCUGUCUCUGUUUCACAGUCUCUUUAACCCAAUGCUGAAUCCCCUCAUCUACAGUCUGAGGAAUACUCAGGUCAAGGACGCCUUGCACAGAGCCCUGCUGAAGAAGUGA